CCCCGCCCCCGCGCCGCGCGGCUUCCGCCCCGUUGCCGGGGCGACGGGUACACAGCGCGGCCCUGCGCGGGGCGCCGCGCGCCGCCCGCCGCCGCCAUGAGCCAGAGGCAGGUGCUGCAAGUGUUCGAGCAGUACCAGCGCGCCCGGACGCAGUUCGCGCAGGCCGUGGCCGAGCUCGCGUCCCGCCCGCAGCACGUCGAGACUCUCCAAAACGCAGGUGUGAUGGCUUUGCUGAGACCUCUUUUGCUGGAUGUGGUCCCAACUAUUCAACAGACUGCUGCUUUGGCUCUUGGGAGACUUGCCAAUUAUAAUGAUGACCUGGCAGAGGCUGUUGUGAAGGGAGACAUUCUUCCUCAGCUCGUAUGUUCGUUGUCUGAGCAGAAUCGUUUCUACAAGAAAGCAGCAGCAUUUGUGCUAAGAGCAGUUGGUAAACAUUCCCCACAGCUAGCCCAGGCAAUAGUUCAGUGUGGAGGACUGGAAACGCUUGUGAUUUGUUUGGAGGAUUUUGACCCUGGUGUGAAAGAAGCUGCAGCUUGGGCACUUGGUUAUAUUGCCCGACACAAUUCAGAACUGUCACAAGCUGUGGUGGAUGCAGGAGCUGUUCCUCUUUUAGUGCUCUGUAUCCAGGAGCCAGAAAUUGCUUUGAAAAGGAUUGCUGCUUCAACUCUCAGUGAUAUUUCAAAGCAUUCUCCAGAGUUAGCACAGACAGUAGUGGAUGCAGGAGCUAUCGCUCACUUAGCUCAGAUGAUCCUGAACCCUGAUGCUAAACUGAAGCGUCAGGUGCUGUCAGCUCUAAGCCAAAUAGCAAAGCAUUCAGUGGAUCUUGCAGAGUUGGUGGUUGAAGCAGAAAUUUUCCCAGUUGUGCUCACAUGCCUGAAGGACUCAGAUGAAUAUGUCAAGAAAAAUGGUGCAACUUUAAUUAGAGAGAUAGCAAAGCACACGCCUGAGCUUUCACAGCUUAUAGUAAAUGCAGGUGGAGUCGCUGCUGUAAUUGAUUGUAUUGGCAGCUGCAGAGGGACUGUCAGACUGCCUGGCAUCAUGAUGCUUGGCUAUGUAGCAGCUCAUUCAGAGAACCUGUCAAUGGCAGUGAUCAUCUCCAAGGGAAUACCACCGCUGUGUACCUGCUUGAUGGAAGAAAAUGAAGAUCAUAUUAAGGCAGCAGCUGCUUGGGCCUUGGGACAGGUUGGAAGACAUACUCCUGAGCAUGCACGUGCUGUGGCAGUAGCAAAUGUGUUACCCACACUGCUUUCUAUGUAUAUGGACACACACAGUUCAGAAGAUCUUCAAGUGAAAACUAAAAAAGCCUUAAAGAACAUCCUGCAGAAAUGUACGUAUCUUCCAGCACUUGAGCCUUUGCUGCAUGAUGCCCCUCCCAAUAUUCUGAAGCAUAUUGUUGGACAGUUCAGCAAGGUGCUGCCACAUGACAGCAAAGCACGUCGUCUCUUUGUAACAACUGGUGGUCUUAAAAAGGUUCAAGAGAUAAAAGCAGAGCCUGGGUCACUUCUUCAGGAAUACAUCAACACUAUUAACAAUUGCUAUCCAGAGGAAAUAGUAAGAGGUCUGAUCACAAGGUAGCUGAAUGCUUCAUGAAGAGCUGAGCACCAUCAAGGUUGUUUUCUGUAGUGGAAACCAGUUGUGUUCAGUGUUGUGCACUAGCAGGCUGUGGACAGGAACAAUGUGAAUGGACUGAAGUUGUCAUCUUAACAGAUUUCCACAGAGAUUUUGACAGCUUUCUCUUUCUCGAUAAGAACACAUUCAUUCUGACUAAUUCCUAUCUCCAGUGUGAGCUGGGGCUGUUCUAUAUUUUAUCCCUUUUAUCACAAAAAUCAAAUUUUUUGGGGGAGAUAGCUUGUUAGAUUUCUUCCUUUAAAUCAAAGUUCUUGAUUAUUUUUGCAUCAAAAUCAGUGGCAAAACUCUUCAUAAUCUUGUGGCAAGAUUUGUGCCCUUUGUUCUCAAAGAAAAAUUUUGUCUUCAUUGAUACAGACUUGUGUUUUAUCACUGUUCUUGUAUUUAUAAUUAGGUCUGAUGUUCUCUGUGCAUGUUCACCUCUAUAUAUUAGGUCAGUGUUAAAGCUGUUGUCAACCUGCAAGCUUGGAUUACUACCAAGAUUCAACUUUUGUUGCCCAACAGUGCUAUAAUUAUAUUAUAGUCUAUUGGAAAAAAAAAGGCAACAUAGAGGUCUCAUGGAAUUAUGUUUAUGAGAAGAUUGAAGCUUGCAAUAUCAUUAGAGCUCUGAGACAGGUUUAUAGCCUUGUGCACAGUAUACUUGUGUUGGUUUAGACACAGUAUUUAUUUGGUCACACCCAGCCAAAUGUUUCCUUACUAAAUUAAAAUAAAUGCUGGUUAGUUCAAUGAAUUACAAAGAUAUAUAGCAUAAUUUCAGGUUCUCAAGUCACAGAAAAUGAGCCCCAACAACAGAAAUCAGUAGAGGAUCAAAAAUGAUGGAUAUACUAGAGUGAAUAUGAACAAAGAGGGAAGGUAGUUUACUGAGUUAAGUUAAAUUUUUAUGACUCAAGCAAUGUAUAAAAUUUGGAAAGAACAGCUCCUAUUUGUAGUCUGUUCUGACAUUCGUGCAGGCCCUCCCCAUAUAAACACACAGAUGCCCUUGCAAGCAUGGUCGAUUGAGAUGUAAACAUAACAUCUUCUAUCCUUACUUUCACAAGACUUUCCCCUGUAAAGCAUCUUUAAUGCCUCUUGGCAGUGGGAGAGCAGGUCAUUGGCAGGUCCUCUGCCCAUUAAUGCCAGUUUUAUGGUACUAAUUUCCAUGAGGGUCAGCCAAAUCCCACCUGAUUCCCAUUGCGGUGAGAAUCAGGCCCUGGAUCGAUGUCACCUCUGCUCCUUUAUGCCACAAACAGCCCUGCUUCUUGCUGGAAACAAAGCAGAAGUGAUUAAAUGACUUUUUUUUUUCCUUCCCCAGCAGUGCUUUAAAUGGGAGGAUAGCAGGAAAUAUUUCCAGAAUUUUGGGGGAAUGGCUCAAGGUCUGUGUGUGUAGAAGACUGCAUCUCCUGCUGUGUGGGGGAUGAGUCAAGCUAGAGGAAUUAGAAGAACUGGUGACACACUGGUGGUGCAGCAGUUACCUGCUUUGGGAAGUGAACAUGUAGGGAAGUUGCAAGUUUUCUGUCUCAGUGUUGAGUAAUGCCUCUGUGUUGUAGUGAUCUUCCAGAGCUGGCUGGGGCUUCUCCUUGUGUCUGCUCCUGCCUUGGGGCAGGCACUUGUGCCUGGUCUGUGCCACGGCAGUGCUGCUGCUCAUGCCAGCAUGACGCUGCCUUGUGAUUCCUACAGGCAUUUGUGCUCUAUGGGAACUGAAACGAGGCUAACUUCAACAAUUCUGCCAGACGUUUAGCAAUACGAAACUCUCUUCUGUUCAGUCACUCCAGAGGAAAUCCUAUCCCAGCUUAUUUGUGAGGACUGUGAGAGCUUGGGGCACACCAGAAAAUGGGGCAGCGUGAGGCUUCCAGGAGACCAGGCAUUGGAGCUGUGCUCCUCGCCUGCAGUCAUGGCCACGGAGAUGGGGCUGAUGCCUGUCUGGCCUUAACUGCAGGGCUGGCUCCCCACCCCUGCCCGGCCUACACGUCCCGGGCAGCGUGAGCUGCGGGUCCCAUCCAGCCACGGCGCACAGCCCUGUCUGUUUGGGCCUGGCAUGGGGAGGACCUCCUCCUCCUGCUUACGUGUCAGGGGGCUGUGGAAGGCUUCACUAGUGCUUCGAAGCUGAAAACUGCCAUGCGAGUGCUAAGUGUUAUUACUGUUUUCUGAGCUGAUCAAUGUGUGGCUGACCUUAAUUCAUUUUCUUGUGGUAAUUCCCUUGGUUAAAGUGGAGAAAAUGAAGCAUUUUGAUGACAGUGUUUUAAGAAACUGCCAUUUCAGAAGUUAUAGCUGUGCCUGUGAUGCAUCGCCCCGUCUGACAGCAAGGGUGCGAAACCUGGCUUUCACUCUGAGGUGUGGAGUUGCUGUUUGGAUCAUUUCCCCUUAUUUAUCCAUCUUUUUAUUCAGCCAUGACCUACUAGUCACAAAAUCUGUUAAAAUUUUGCCAUCGACUCCAGUGAACAUGAGGUCAUGCAUCACUAUCUUAGGCCUAAAAAAAACCACCAAAACCCUCUCACAAAAUGUUUUUUUUAAAUCCCAAUGUUGUGUUCACGCGAGCGUAGCUAGCAGUGGGAAUGUUUGAUAAAUUUUCUGUUUCAUUUGUGAUAGAAGAUUGCUCUAGCAGCUGUUUUAUAACAGUUUAACUACUCUGACCUAAGUGACAGUUCUUAAGAGAUUAAAAACUUAAAGAUGAAAAAA